CCUUCCCCCUUCUCUGUUGUUCACCCGCACCCUCUCAGCUCAUUCAUCACUCGCUCAUUCGCCCUCUCUCCCUCUCUCCCUUUCUCUCCCUCUCUCCUUUUACAUCGACUCCAACUCACUUCUCCACAUUCAUACCAUGCAAAGCGAACAAGAACAGCGUUCCAGCUCAUCACAAGAACGCCGCCAUCGUCCGAGCGAACAUCGUCGAGACCGAGACCGUGACCGAGACCGUGACCGAGAUCGGGAACGAGAACGUAGUGCACGCCACCAACAACAACAGCAACAGCAGCAGGAAGAUGAAGGGCGUCCAAGCUCCUCUUCUUCUACUCCUGGUUAUCUUACUAGAGACGAACACUCCAGAGACUACAGGGACCCAGAAUCACCUCGAUCUUCCCGCCGACGCAAUGACUACCCAUCCAAUCGGCCUUCCGAACAGGCUGUGAGCAUCGAGUUCGAGGAGGAAUAUGCUACGGAAGAUGUGGGAUCUGAACAUGGACAUGACCCAAAUGAAGCCGUGGAUCCACCUGAGGGAGAUCGAGCAAUUUCAUCGGCAGGAUCAGUGCCAGCAGAAGAGACGGAAACAGCAACUGAGCCGACUCCAAUGGAACCUUCAGAGAUUCAAUCGACCCUCUCCUCCUCGACACAAGAGCGACAGCAGGCAAAGAAGGAAUCACAACAACAAAAUGCAACAUUGAAGGCAAAGGAGGAUGCCAAAAUAGAGGAGCUCAAGGCCACGAUCCUGGAACUGCAGCAGCAAGAGCAGGAGAUCAUCCAAGCCAUAAGAGGUGAAGGGACGCCGAAUGAGAUCAUCGAUAGACACAUCAAGCAACUGCAUCAGUACAAUGAGAUCAAGGAUGUAGGGCAGGUCAUUCUGGGAAAGUGUGCGGAACUGGAGGGCACGACCAUCAAGAAGCAGUACGAGAUGUUUGGAUUGAACCCAGAGGACUGAAAAAAAAAUGCGGCCCCAUGGUUGUGCUGCAAAAGAUCCUUUGUAGCCAGGGAAUACUCUGUGGAUUCCGACCUCAUCGAGCUUAACAGCGUUGCUAUUCAUCUCAUUGUCUUCUCUCUUAUUGCGAAUAUGCCCAAAUAAAAUAAAGACCA